ACGGUAACGUAGCAUUACGACUGGUUGCGUCAUUCUAAAGUAACUAGAACACUUUACGACAGUGUUGACAAUUGAGGAUUUCGUUUUCUUCGGCGGGUGUCUGCUGUUGGUAUAGCUUUUAGUUAUGAUUUAGUUUUGCACAAAAGCUGCCAUUAAAUGAGUGUUUUUGACUUAUUUCGCGGGUUCUUCGGAGUACCUGGAGGCCAUUAUCGUAGCCAACGGGACCCCUUCUUUGAUGCUAUGACCCAUGACGACGACGAAGAUGAUGAUGAUGAAGAAGAAGAUGGACUCUACUAUGAUGGGUUCCGGGGGGACCAGCAGGACCCCUUCGACAGUGCCUUGAGGUUUGGCUUCAGCGUUGGCCCCGACGGGAUGAGGAUCCAGGAGCCUCCGAUGUUUGGCCAGAUCCUCAGGGAGAUGGAGGAGAUAUUCUCCCAGCUGGGCCGCUGGGACAGACAGCCAGAAUCUGGACACUUUGGUGUUCCCAGUAUCAUGCCACCACUACCUCGGGACAGAGCUGAAAGAGGUGGAGGGGGAUGCGGUGGGAACCCCCUCAGAGAUUUUAUGCUCAAAUCUCCCAACAACAACAACAACCCACAAGGACCCCAAGCUGGACCAUCCAGAGAGCCCAGUAACGAUGGGCACCCUUCUUAUGAGUCACCAGAAUUUCCCAGCUCACCAUUUCAUAGCUGGACCCCUUUUUCAAAAUUUAAUGAUAUUUGGAAAAGAGGGCCACAGAGAUCUCCAGAGGAGGAGCGUAAAGAAGACAGAGAUCUGGACUCUGAAGUAUCUUCUGGGGGCUUGGAUCAGAUUCUGACGCCACCUGCUGGUCAGGCACCGAACCAACCCAGGACCCGCUCAUUCUUCCAAUCAGUCAUCGUCACCAAGGUGGUGAAACCUGAUGGGACUGUAGAGGAGAGGCGAACAGUUCGAGACAGCCAAGGCAAAGAAGAGACCACGGUGACCCGUUCAGGAGGUCCGGGCCGCCUGGAGGGACCAGACCAUCAAACUGGACCUGCCAUAUCAGGUGGUCAAAAUCCAUUUUCGGACUUGCGGGGGGAUGAUGACUCAUUAUUCUCAAAGUUCUUUGGAGGGUUUAAAUAACAUGUGAAAUAUAAUAUGAAGUGGAGUUCUAUUCUCUAGUUUCAGUCUAGAGCUGUAAGUUUGCCUGCGUAUAUGAUUUUUCUAUAUAUGGACAUAACACUUGCAUGACUGUCAAUUGCCAAAAUGAAUGUGUUGGAUCAGCGUCUCUGGACUGAUUUAAGGGUUUCCAAUGUAGCCUGCCAAUCUCGAAGACUAGUGAUUUGAACAAAUCGAGACACAUCAGGUAACGAUUCCUAAUGACAUAUUUUAUUUUUGGAAUUUUCCUGUAGGAUGAGCUUGUAUGAAUAUGAGUGUGACAUAUGUCAAAUAAAGAGUCUUAAUAUAUUUA